UGUGUUCGUGCAAUUGUGCUGCAUGGCCCUCUGGGCUCUGGACAAACCCCAGUGGUAAAGAGGCUAAUGUUAGACUGGUCAGAGAGUAAGCAGGCCCAGAUUUUCCCAUGUGCCUUCUACAUCAGCUGCAGGGAAAUUAGUAAUCUUAAACCUUGCACUUUUGGGCACCUCCUCUCCAUGGACAAUCCCUCCUGGAGGGACUGUGUGAUCCAGGGUCUAGUCCUGGGAGAGAAAUUCUCAUUUGUGGUGGAUGGUUUUGAUGAGCUGACGUUCCCAGCAGGAGCUCUGAUCCGUGACCUCUGUGGUGACUGGAACACAGUGAAGCCUGUAGAGAUCUUACUGGGCAGUUUGCUGAACAGGAAGAUGGCACCUCAUGCCAUCCUGCUGGUGACCACACGAACACAGGCUUUAUGCCAGCUCUUCAUCAUGAUGAAUUAGCCUCUCCUGGUAGAAUCUCGGGGCUUCUUGGAGCAAGAAAAGCAGAAGUACUUUGAAGAUGAGGAGGGGGAGGGGGAGGAUCAUGAGUUGUCUUACCAGACACCUGUGAGGGCCACCUCAACACCGAACUCCAAAUCUUAUUCAAGAAAACAUGUAUCCUGGCUGCUGAUAGUCUCUUGGAACAGGGUGCCCGUAUUCCGUGAAGAAGGCGUCUUGAAAUUAAAAUUGAACCCAAACAAAUUGCAUUCCGUGGUGUGCAGUUACGUCCUCUUUAAGGACAGUGCCGGUACAAACUGUCUCUCCUUCACCUGCCUCAGUCUCCAGCAGCUCAUGGCUUCCAUAAUAUUUGUUCAGGAGCUUGGGCAGGAAAGCAAGGGUGUCUCUAAAUAUAGUAUUCAGAAUAUGCUUUCGAGGGAAACAAGAUUAAAAAACCCCGACCUGUCUGGACUGCUGCCAUUUGUAUUCGGCCUCCAGAGUGAGACUCGUAUUCAAGAGCUGGACACCAUUUUUGGCUGCCAAAUAUCAAUUGGGGUCAAGAAAAAAAUUCCUGGAGAGGAGGGGUUUGUGAAGGAAGCCAUGGCCCUCUUUGAGGAAAUCUCCGUGCGUUUGAAAACCAACACGGACCUCAUCCAUGCUUCAUUCUGCCUCAAGAACGCUCGGGACUUGCAGACAAUGUCCCUGAAAGUAGAAAAGGCGGUCUUCCCAGAGAAUGUUGCUGCACUGGAGUCCUCAGCUAAGCCUCAAAGGUAA